GACAUCGUGAUCGCGCUUAUCAUGUUUGGCUGGUAAGUUCCUCCGGUGUAACAGGCCGAUCAUUAUGGGGGAUCCAGGACCCCGAGACGGGAUGGACCCUGACCGACCGAUGGCUGCGAAGAAUUCAUUGAGGCGGUUCAUACCUGGAUAAAAAUAUUUUGUUUGACCAGUCAUAAACAACCAGUCAGUGAGCUGCAGAGGAGGAGGUGUUUGCUGGGAUUCAAUCAGAGCCACAGUUGCGGCUGUUAGGUGAACGAGGAGAGGGGGACUUGAGGAAACCGGGGAGGCAGCAGUUUAUAAACGCCACAGGAUCCAGGAUCCAGGAUCCGGAGAGCGACAGUAAUGGAUGAAUUGUUGAUUAGAAGCCGGCCCGGUCAGCACAACACAGUCGGAGCAGGGUGGGUUCAUCCGGUGUGAAAUCAGUCGGCUCUAAUCUGUUGGCCUCUCCUCCGCCGGGCGGCGAUGUCCGCUUUCUGCCUAGACCUGCAGGCGUCUGCCGUGGUUUCAGCACCACUGGAACUGGACAGCGACUGCAUGGAGUCCCGGGCAAGCCCCACCGUUCAGGAGCCCGGCGGCUUUCAGGGUCAUCCGCUGCGGCACGCCGGCUCCGGAGGCCUCGGCAUGGCCCUGGAGGAGGAACUGUCCGUGCUUAGCGGGGAGCGGGGAGAUGAGGAGCAGCUGUCAGACCUAGAGACGCCCGCGGUGGGGCAUAACACAGACUUGCUGUCGCUCUUUCGCCAAAAGGAAAAAGACUUGGUUUUAGCUGCUAAACUCGGCAAAGCGUUGCUGGAGAGAAACCAAGACUUGACCAAGCAAUAUGAGAAAAUGCACAAAGAUCUCAACGAGAAAUUAGAGCACUUGGAGCAAGAGAAGCACGAGCUGCGACGGCGUCUGGAAAGCCGAGAGGGGGAAUGGGAGGGUCGAGUGGCCGAGCUGGAGACAGAUGUCCAGCAGCUGCAGGGCGAGCUGGAGCGGCAGCAGGUCCAGCUGAGAGAAGUCGACAGGGACAAAACCAAGGCCAUCAGUGAGCUCUCGGAACAGAACCACAGACUGCUGGAACAACUCAGUAGGGCUGCAGAGGUGGAGAGGCAGCUGUCCACUCAGGUCCAUUCAUUACGGGAUGACUUCAGGGAGAAGAGUAUGUCUACACGCCAGCACAUGACACGACUAGAGACUCUACAGGCUGAGAUUAAGAUGCUGUCAGACAGGAAGAUGGAACUGGAGCACCGGGUGCACACCAUGCUCGAGGAGAACGAGCUGCUGCAGAAUACUGUGGACGAGCUCCGAGAGAGGACACUGGUGCUGGAGAAGCAGUGUCACGAGAAGGACCUCCAGUUGCGACAGAGCCAGCUGGAGCUCCAGGAGGUCCAGGUAUCCCACCGACAGCUGGCCGCUAAGUUGGAGGAGCUGACGGAAGAGCACAGUCUCCAAAAUCUUACCCCCCACCCUUCCAGCCUGCUGUGUGAGAUAGAGCAGAGUAUGGAGCAGGAGGAGCAGGAGCAGGAGAGGGAGCAGCUGCGUCUUCAGCUAUGGGAGGCCUACUGUGAAGUUCGCUCGCUUUGCUCUCAUCUGCGGGGAAACGACGUCACGGAUUCAGCGCUGUCCACUGACUCUUCCAUGGACGAGUCCUCGGAGACUUCCUCAGCCAAGGAUGUGCCUACUGGGAGCCUCCACACCAGCCUGCUAGAGCUGCGGAGGCUAACUCAGAAUCUGCUAGAUGGCAAUGAGUCUACGGGCUCUCGGCGUAGUGAUGAGGAGGCUCUGGAGGAGCAGGUAAGGAAACUGGGAGAAGAGCUGCGGGAAGUUAGAGAGCUGUAUGAAGCAGAGCAGGACAAAUCACGCAGCAAUGAAGAGGAGCUGCUACAGCUGCACAAUCAGGUGGCGCUGCUCUCUGUAGAAAUGUGCUCUCUCCGAGAAGAGAACGAGCGAAUGAGGACGAUGGCUGAAGUUCGAGAGCCCAGCGAGCAGCUCCAGAGUGCUAUCAGAGACAGAGACGAUGCCAUAGCCAAGAAGAAAGCAGUGGAAAUGGAGCUCGCCAAAUGUAAAAUAGACAUCAUGUCUCUGAAUAGCCAGCUGUUGGACGCCAUCCAGCAGAAGCUCAACUUGUCACAGCAGCUGGAGGCUUGGCAGGAUGAUAUGCACAGAGUGAUUGACCAGCAGCUGAUGGACAAGCACCAGGAUGAGUGGCGCUCAGCUGCUACCUCCCUGUCGGGUUCGUCCAUAACCCACGGGGGUCAGUCUUCAAGACGAGCUCAUCGCAUUUCCGACCGGGACAAGAGACUUUUCUCUUUCUUCAAAAAGAACUGAACCUUAUUGUGCUGGCCCAGAGCCCGGCAGACAGGCAGAGACGGAUGAGGUGCAGGAGAAGGAGGGUAGUGACAUCACAAUACAGGGGGUAAAAACACAGCCAAAGACAGGCAGUGGCACACGCACAC